AUGGCAUCAAACCACUUCAAAGUCGUCAUCGCAGGCGGCGGCAUUGCAGGCCUCGUGCUUGCAAACAUGCUUGAGCAAUUUGACCUCGACUACGUCCUCCUCGAAGCCCACUCAGACAUCGCCCCUCCAGUCGGAGCCAGCAUCGGCAUGUUCCCCAACGGUCUGCGAAUUCUGGACCAGAUAGGUUGCUAUCAGCCCAUCCAGGACAUCUUUGGUGAUCAGGUGCCGUACAAUGUCACAAACACACGCAACGAGAAGGGAGAGGUCAUUUCUCACGUUGACGGAAUCUUUGACCACCUGGAAAGACGGCAUGGCUACGGUUUAUUCUUCUUCGAUCGUCAAAAACUACUUCAGAUCCUAUACGAGCAUAUUCAACACAAGGACAGAGUCCAUCUCCGAAAGAAAGUCACUGAAGUUAGUCUCGUCGAGAAGGGAGUUGAGGUCACCUGCUCAGAUGGCUCUGUUGUCUCUGGAACUUUCCUUGUCGCCGCAGACGGUAUUCACAGCCAGGUCCGAAAAUCGAUGCAUAGGCUUGGCCACACACUCGAGCCCGGUUACUUCGACCUUGACGAAGAAGACAAACAGAGCAUGGUGACGGGCAAGGGACAGUCCCAGCUCGUAGUGUCUGGACCUGACAAUCGUGUCUACUGGUUCUUAUUCGAGAAACUUCCUGAGAUCAAAUACGGCAAGGAUAUCCCCCGAUAUACAAAAGAAGAUGAGGUAGAUCUUUGCAAAGCGACUGUUUCCACCCUGACGCCUUUGCAUGAGGUAGUCUACAAAAAGUGGUUCUUCAAGAGGGUCAUCACACUGGGAGAUUCUGUGCACAAGCCUAACCCUAUUGGAGGUCAAGGUGCAAACGGCGCCAUUGAGUCUUGUGCCGAGUUGGUUAACUCCAUACUUCAACUCAAGGAUGCACGAGAAGGUAGCUUGUCUACUCUUCCAGAUGGAGAUGUCCACAAGAUCUUUAGUGAAGUCCAGUCAGCGAGAUAUGAGAAAGCCAACGCUAUCGUCAACCGCUCUCAUUUUAUGCAGUCUCUUUUCGCGUACGAGAACCCAGUCGUGUCUACAGUCGUUUGGGAUCUGCUUGGCUCAUUGGGUGGGGAUGAAGGCACACUCAAUCAAAUGGCCCCUUCUUACCUAGGUGGCACGACACUGAAACAACUUCCCGUUCCCUUUCGACCCCGAGCUAUUCCCUUCCAUGACGAGCUUCCAGCCAAGCCUGUGAGCAAGACGAUCUCCAACUAUGUUCGAUACGGAUUUAUUGGCGGCAUGGGCCUUGCAGUACUUGCUACUAACAAAGCAUUCCGCCUGCCAAUCGAAGAAGUCAGUGCUUUGAGCAAGUCUCUAGUACAAAUCAGAUGGUUUGGAGAUAGUCCCGCCUCCGAGAUCCUGAACACGGUGGUGUCUCUUUUUGGUAUACCCAUCUUCGACAAAGACCCUUCACCACGAGUGCAGUUGUUCAAUUUUCUCCCUCAGCUUAUCUCCCCUCUACUAAUCUACGCUAUUGAGGGACAUCGACUUGGGAACCAGGGCACUAUUCUAUCCAUACCUUCCUUAUUUUCAGUGGCUAUGAAAAGCGGCGAGACUAUCGCUCGUGUAGCACCCGUCUACGCAAUCCUGAGCUCUUUCUCCGGUUUCGAGAACCCUCCCAGCCGUGCCGUCCCUUUACAUGUGGCUAAGUCACUGAUUCCCGCCAUCACCGUGGGCUUCCUCAUCCCAACUAUCAUGGCCCUGACACCGACUCCUCGGGUACAAGCUUGGGAGAAUUGGUGUGCUCUCUGGCAGUUUUCACCACUGCUUUUCAGUGUGCUUGUGGUUGGUAUUUCGGCAGGCAUUAAGAAGUGGAAGGGUGAAGAGAAGCGGGAUGGCGAGCGAGAUAUGAGCCGCUAUGAGGCCAAGGAUGUCAGUGCUCUCCAAUCUGUGUACACCUUUGCAUUUUCAGUACAGGCUACGGCGCACAUAGCAUCCCUGGCUUACGGAUGGAGCCACCCGGAUGUUUCUCUUUUCAAAACUUUCCUGGACUUCCCCAACAUAUUCAACGCGGACUGGUCUUUGCCCUCUUUGUCAGCCAAGGUUGCAACCAUGCUCAAGUUCGGCCAGGCCUUUGCAACGGUCGGAUAUCUUGGAAGUCAACUCUAUUCAAUCUGGGACUUGAGACGUCUCGGCUAUAUCAAGACUGAUGAGGCAAUCAAAGCUGGCGUCACUACUCUGGCGGGACAGUGGCUUGUGGGAUCAGGUGCUACGUGGGCCGGGCUGUGGUACUGGCGAGAACGAAAGAUAGCCGAUGUUGGCGCGUAG